GUUCCCGCGUGCGCUCAGACCGCGUCUCGUGCUGCUGGGAGUUUCAGUACCAAGACUUCACUUCACCGUCUGCACCUUUGCGACACUCAAGGACAGAUAGACCCAGGGUGGUGGUGUUUUUUAGUUAAAGUAAAGGAAAGCAAAAGAGGAAGAAUUAGGUCAUCGCGUUCUGGUCGAAGUGUUUGGCUCAUCAUGAAGAUAUGCUUGAUAACGCCGAUGCUUUUGCUCGUGCUCUUCGGGCAGUGCGGCAGCCUGGCUGGUAAAGUGAAUAAACACAAGCCAUGGAUCGAGACAUCCUACCACGGUGUCAUCACCGAGAACACGGACACCAUCCUGUUAGACCCUCCUCUGGUUGCCUUGGACAAAGACGCCCCUGUCCCCUAUGCAGGAGAGAUCUGUGCAUUUAAGAUUCAUGGACAGGAGGCACCGUUUGAGGCAGAGGUUUUGAACAGGACAUCGGGCGAAGGGGUGCUGAGGGCGCGGGGCCCAAUCGACUGUGAGCAACAAAAGGAGUACACCUUUGUCAUCCAGGCCUAUGAUUGUGGAGCAAGCCCAAGUGGAGCCAAUUGGAAGAAGAGCCACAAGGCAGUGGUACAUAUCCAGGUGGAUGAUGUAAAUGAGUUUUCCCCGGUGUUCAGGGAGCUGCUGUAUCGUGCCACAAUAACCGAGGGCAAGAUAUAUGACAGCAUCCUGCAGGUGGAGGCCUGGGACCAAGACUGCUCUCCACAAUACAGCCAAAUCUGCAACUAUGAGAUUGUAACACAGGAUACACCCUUUGCUAUUGAUCGCAAUGGCAAUAUCAGGAACACAGAGCGACUGAGCUACGACAAACAGCAGCACUAUAAAAUCACGGUGACCGCAUAUGACUGUGGCCAGAAAAGGGCAAUAGAGGGCGUUCCGGUUCACAUUGACGUCAAGCCAGUGUGCAAGCCUGGGUGGCAAGGUUGGAACAAGCGUGUGGAUUAUGAACCAGGAACAGGCAGCAAGCAGCUCUUUCCCAAGAUGCACCUAGAGACAUGCGAUGGCCCUUUAUCUUCAGUGCGAGCCAUGGUGGAGCUACAGACCAGCCAUAUUGGGAAGGGCUGUGACAGAGAAACCUAUUCUGAGAAGUCUCUGCAGAAACUCUGCGGAGCAGCCUCUGGCAGCACAGACCUUCUCCCGGCCCCCAGCGCAGUCACCAAUUGGACAGCUUCCUUGCUGACGGACAACGGGCGAGACAGUGACCUCAUCUUUCGAUUUGAUGGACGACAGGCAGCCAAUAUCCCGGAGUGGGUUGUGCCACAGAACCUGACAGAUCAGUUUACCAUAGCAACGUGGAUGAAGCAUGGGCCAAGUCCUGGACUAAGAGCAGAGAAGGAGACAUUGCUCUGUAACUCAGACAAAACUGAGAUGAACAGGCAUCAUUACUCUUUAUACGUACACAACUGCCGCUUGGUGUUUCUACUGAGACGAGACUUUAUUCAGUUGGACUCCUUCAGGCCAGCUGAGUUCCACUGGAAACUGGAACAGAUCUGUGAUAAAGAAUGGCAUUACUACGUCAUCAAUGUGGAGUUUCCUUCUGUGACGCUCUUCGUAGAUGGAGUGACAUAUGAACCCUACCUUGUGACAGAUGACUGGCCCAUCCACCCUUCUGAGAUCGAUGUACAGCUUACUGUAGGUGCCUGCUGGCAAGGAGGAGAGGUGACCACUCCGCGAUUUACACAGUAUUUCCGUGGAGGUCUCUCAGGCCUGACAAUCCGACCAGGGAAGAUUGCAACCCAAAAGGUGAUCUCCUGCUUACAGGCCUGUAAGGAGGGUCUGGACAUCAGCUCUCUUGAGAGUCUAGGCAAAGGCAUAAAGUUCCACUUUAACCCAGCUCAGUCAGUGCUUGUGAUGGAUGCAGAUGACUUGGAGAGCAUUAACAUGGCAAUGACAAAAGUCUCCUACAUCAACUCUCGUCAGUUUCCCACUCCUGGUCUGCGCAAACUUCACAUAACCACCACAGUACAAUGUUUCGGUGAAGACACAUGCAUCUCCAUUCCAGACAUCAAGGCGAUGGUGAUGGUGCUGCCGCCCAGCGAACCUCGGAUCACCAUUGCUGGGUUGGAGCGGCUGGUUUGGCCUGCGGCUCAGCUCCAAACCCCUGGUGGGGUUGCCCUGUUCAAGGACAUACGCAUCAUUAGUACCGUCACCAAGACCGACACCAUCCUCAGCAUAGCCCGGAGACCUGGUGUUCUGGAGUUGAUGCAUAACCUGGAUUAUUGUGAUGUGCUUGUGAUUGGAGAGGAACUGGACCCAGAGAUUGAGAGUCUGGAGAUCCACCACAGCUCUCUCUUGGGCAAACAUCUGGACGCCACCAACUCUACCUCUGGCAUCUCUAUCUAUGGUGUGGACUCCAUGGCGCAUUAUGAACAGGCCAUCAGGCAGGUGAGGUACCGUAACUGGAAGCCUGGCAGUCUGUCCGAGAGAAGGUUCCGGCUCACUUGCUCUGAACUGAAUGGACGCUACACAAGCAAUGAGUUCAACCUGGAGAUCGGUAUUGUACACAGCUCAGAGGCCGUGGAGCAUGUCAAUCACAUGGCUUUCCAAUCCCAGUACAUGAGACCUGUGCAUCAUCCACUGGUGGUACAUACUGUCAACUCUGACCACAUCUCAGGAACUCCUCCUGCUGCAACAGUGGUAAUCGUAAUAUGCAUCGCCGCCCUGGUGGUCAUUGUAGUUUUGGGCAUCUACCGUAUCCACACCACCCAUCAGGAUAGUUCAAAAGAGGAUGAGGAGGGAAGAAAGGACCCAGAGAUGGAUUGGGACGACUCCAAUCUUAAUAUCACAGUAAAUCCCAUGGAGAGCAUUGAUGGGGCGCUGAUUGCUGAGGAGGUUAGGGAGGAGGAGCCAGAGGAAGAUGAAGACGAAGAGGACGAUAACGAUGAUGAACUGGCAGGAGAUCUCUCUAGUGCUGAAUCCGAGGACAGCGAUGAAGAGACUGACAUUCAGAAGGGGAAAGUGAAGGGAAAACUGGAGUGGGACCCCUCUACGUUACCUUAUUAAAACACAAACACACACACAGACAGCCUCUCACACACAUAUACGUUCACACAAGCAAGCAUUCACAUGCAGACAUAGACUUGUUCAUGCACAUAUGCACAUGCAUACACAUACACACAUGCAAAAAUGCAUUUAAUGCCCUCUCACACUUACAGAAGCCAGAAAUAAUUGCCUGAAAAGCUGUCACUCAUCAGUCAUUGCAAUGAGAAACCCUGAUUUUGUUCUAACACCCACAAAAAGCAUCUCUAAUGCUAUGGCUCCCUCUGAUGGUCAAUAUUUGGAAAUGCAAAGCCUGUGUGUAUUUCUGUAGGUUUAAUCUACAGUGUCUUAGUAGGUCCACAAAAAGCCAAUAUAAAACCAACACAACACAAUGCAGUUAAUUGUCAACAUUUGAAACAUCUCUGGGAUGACUUUUAAACCCACUAUUUUUAUUUUUAUUUAUUUUUUUGGUUCUUGCAAUGUUUCAGCAGAAUAUAUUUUAACAUCAGGAUGUUUUUUUUUCCCUUUCUGAAGUACUAAACUGUAAUAUUUGACAGCGUGUGGCUAUGCCUUCACCAUUUGUUGUCUGUUAUCUUCAGAGUAACACCUAAUAUUGCACUGAUGUGCAAUAGUAAAAACCCGAAAGUUGUUUUUUGCAAUGAAAGUAUAUACAUAAUAAUGAUAUUUUCUUCAUUUGAAAUCUAGCAAAUGUGUUUAUUUUAGAUCCUUAGAGAGAUUUUGAUUAAAGCAGUUCUCUUUAAGCAAAAAUUAUAUCGUAAUGAGAUUACACUUAAAACACUUUUUAAUAGUUAUGUUUUUCUCUUUUUUUUCUCUGUUUGGGUUCUUGGUGGUAAGGAGGGAGAGUGUCUGUACAUUUUUAUAUGCCUGACUUCUGUAAAUAGGGAACUGUAGUGUAGUUGAAUGGUGACUCAGACUCCUCACGUCCUCCUGCAUCCUUCACACAGCCUGCUUGUGUCUACACUUGCUGAGGAGGAAGGGUUCUUCCUCCUCUCUCUAUCUGUGUUGAUCUCUCUCUUUUAUCGUUCAUGUUGUCCUCCUCACUUCAGCUGUGGAUAGGCUCUCCCUCAUUUCACCUCAAAUAGAAAAACUAGCUAAAGAUUUCACUGCAAAAAAUAAAUAAAUAAAUAAAUCUAAACAUAAUUAAAACAAGAUAAUUUUACUGGAGAAGCAAAAUUGUGUAAGAUAUGACAUGGUUUAUAGUUCACCCAAAAUUGAAAAUUCUCAUCAUUUACUCACCCUCAUGCCAUCCCAGAUGUGUGACUUUCUUCUGCAGAACACAAACUAAGAUUUUUAGAAGAACAUCUCAGCUCUGGAGGUCCAUAAAAUGCAAGUGAAUAGUAACCAAAACUUUGAAGCUCAAAAACGCACAUAAAUGCAGCAUAAAAUUAAUCCAUAUGACUGGUGGUUUAAUCCAUGUCUUGUGAAGAGAUCUAAUCAGUUUUGUGUGAGAACAGACCAAAAUAUUACUCAAUUUUCACUAUAAAUCUUGACAUCUGCAGUGUCCUUGGUGAUCAUAAUUUCAAGCGCAAUUACACUUCCUAGCGCCAUUUAGCGCUACCAUUCACAUGCAUUGUAUGGACCUACAGAGCUGAGAUAUUCUUCUAAAAAUCUUUGUUCCUGUUCAUUUUUUAUUUUUUAUUUUUUUAUUUUUUAAGCAGACAAAAUUUAGUGAGGUUUAGUAUUGGUUAUCCACUAAAAAAACUAAUUGUUUCUUUUAAAUUAUUAGUAAUAAGAUUACUUUACUUAAUUCAAAAGUAAUCACAUUGCUAAUUACUUUACUUUGAAGUUACUUUCUAAAACUUUCUGUUCAACAAAUUCUAAAUAAUGUUUAUAUUUCUUCCUUGUUCAGAUGCACACCUUUUAACUAACAGAAAUGCAAAUGAUGUCAUAUUUUAAAUAAAUAUUCAUAAAUAAUAUUAGUUUAGAAAUGUGUAAUCAAAAUAAUGUAAUUAAAAGUAAUUACCUUAAUUGAAAGUCAGGAACUGUAAUAUGAAAAAUGUGAAAUAUAAUGUGUUGCACUACUUUUUUUUACUUUAAAAGUAAUUAGAUUACAGUAAUGUAUUACUUUGUAAUCAAAUUAUGCCCAACACUGGUGAGGAUUAUGCUAAGAUUGCACUGGGGUGAAACGUUUUUUUUUUUUGCAAAAUGUUGCUUCUCAAAGUAAAUGUAUCUUGCUUUUAGGAUGUUUAGACAUUUUAAUUGGAAAACUAGAAAAAAAAAUACUGUUUAAAUUUAAUUUAAUUUUUAUUUAUUUGAUUUUUUUUUUUUUUUGCAGUGUUCUUUAAUGCUCUCUAUAAAAAGGCACUUUAAAACUAUAAAAAGGAAAGAAAAUAGAAGAAGUUGUUUAAAAGAUUUUAGCCUGGGGAUAUUUCGGAAUUUUGUAAAUGUCUUUACCAGCACCCAGCAAUAUACAGUUCAGUUAACUCUAUCAAGAAAAGUAAUGUAUGUAGAAAAGUAAGACAGAUAAAAAUAUCAAAAUCCUUUGUGAAAAGUGUGCCAUUUCACAAAAUGAGAAAAUAGGUGUGUUGUUUUUCUAUAAAGGAGGGGUUCAAGUAAUGACAGAGCUACUAUAGAUUACACUUAGGUACCCCCCCCCCCCGCCCACCCCCCAAUCUGACUUGUGUAGUCAGGAGAUGUGCAUUUUUGAACAUGUGCAUUGAGUUAUAUGUAAUGUCUUUUGCUGUGGUUAGGACUUUUCAUUCCAUUAGUCAUAAAUUCUGUGCUUGUGAUGUCAGCAUUGUGAGACAUCCCAUCUCCUAUCCUCCUUUCAGACCUUUCCUAUAUUUCGCUAGUCCUUUUUACCACGUGUGUUAUAGAACAGAUACAACAAAAAAGGAACUUUUAAAGAGAUCAACCCUGUAAAAUCAUUAAAGACUAUUCUUUUGUAUAUGUUUCUCUUCUUUUGUUUUGUAAAGGGUUUUGUUUAACUUCUUUGAUGGUCACUGCAGCACUUUCUGUACAUUGACCAAUAAAGUCUUUCCUUAGAA